UUCCCAAAGCCAGUGUUAUUACUGCUUCUCAAAGCUACGGGCACCGGAUCGCCAUCUUUGGCAAGAUUCUUUUGGGAUACAAUGGGAAUUACUGGGUGGCCUCGGUUCGGUUCUUCCCUCGUCUCAGUUCGCGGCUCACCAGCCACAUUGAUGCAGCCCCCAGGCUGGAAGGAGGCUGCAGGAGCUUCCCCUCAGGUCAUCCUCUCAUCCCUCCCCCGUGCCCCAGGAGCUGGUUGUGGGGGCGGUUCCAUCCCCUCGGCCCAUCCGGGACAGGAGCCUAGGUUCCCUUCGGGGGGUACCCCAAACCCCAUCCUUGGCCUCAGGCCAGCCCUGGUACACUGCCCGCUCCCAGGCUUGACGAGAGGCUGCGGGCCAGUGGGUGAAGGGGCUCGCCCUGACUGCCAGGCCCCGCCCAGGCGCACCCGGGAGGACGGGCUGGGAUGACGCGGGCGCCGGGGGGGUAGGUCGCGAGGCCGGGGUCUCCAUGGCGCAGGAGGACGGGGGCCUUCGAGGACCACGCGGGCCUGGGAAUCGCCUGCCAGGCUAGGCUGGAGGACGCACGUGCUCUGAGCUGUGUCGAAGGGGCGGGGCUGAGAGCCGCGGCCGGGCCACGGGACGGGGAGGAGCCGCGGACGGUGGGCGGGGCCAGCGGGCCGGGGCCUAAAAGGCGGCGCGGGCGGGGUUCCUGACGCAGCUGCGGGCGGCUAGCGGCGCGCACAAUCCUCGCUCGGCUGCGGCUCCCGGGUAUCCCAGGCCCGGCCGGUAAGCAGAGCAUGGCGGGUGCGGGCCCGAAGCGGCGCGCGCUAGCGGCCCCGGUGGCCGAGGAGAAGGAAGAGGCGCGGGAGAAGAUAAUGGCCGCCAAGCGGGCGGACGGCGCGGCGCCGGCAGGCGAGGGCGAGGGCGUGACCCUGCAGCGGAACAUCACGCUACUCAACGGCGUGGCCAUCAUUGUGGGCGCCAUCAUCGGCUCGGGCAUCUUCGUGACGCCCACGGGCGUGCUCAAGGAGGCAGGCUCGCCGGGGCUGGCGCCGGUGGUGUGGGCCGCGUGUGGCGUCUUCUCCAUCGUGGGCGCGCUCUGCUACGCGGAGCUGGGCACCACCAUCUCCAAAUCGGGCGGCGACUACGCCUACAUGCUGGACGUCUACGGCUCGCUGCCCGCCUUCCUCAAGCUCUGGAUCGAGCUGCUCGUCAUCCGGCCUUCAUCGCAGUACAUCGUGGCCCUGGUCUUCGCCACCUACCUGCUCAAGCCGCUCUUCCCCACCUGCCCGGUGCCCGAGGAGGCAGCCAAGCUCGUGGCCUGCCACUGCGUGCAGAGAUCAAUGUCUUAUUGUGAUGAGUCUCGACUGUCAGAUCUUCUUCGGAGGAUCACCCCGGAAAACGACCGAGACCGAAGAUUGGCUACUGUAAAGCAGUUGAAAGAAUUUAUUCAGCAACCAGAAAAUAAGCUGGUACUAGUUAAACAAUUGGAUAAUAUCUUGGCUGCUGUACAUGACGUGCUUAAUGAAAGUAGCGAAUUGCUUCAGGAGUUGAGACAGGAGGGAGCUGGCUGUCUCGGCCUUCUUUGUGCUUCUCUGAGCUAUGAGGCUGAGAAGAUCUUCAAGUGGAUUUUUAGCAAAUUUAGCUCAUCUGCAAAAGAUGAAGUUAAACUCCUCUACUUAUGUGCCGCCUACAAAGCACUAGAGACUGUGGGAGAAAAGAAAGCCUUUUCAUCUGUAAUGCAGCUUGUAAUGACCAGCCUGCAGUCAAUUCUUGAAAAUGUGGAUACACCAGAAUUGCUUUGCAGAUGUGUUAAGUGCAUUCUUUUGGUGGCUCGAUGUUACCCUCAUAUUUUCAGCACUAAUUUUAGGGAUACAAUUGGUAUAUUAGUUGGAUGGCAUAGAGAUCAUACUCAGAAACCUUCGCUCACGCAGCAGGUAUCUGAAUUUCUUAUGCGAUUCCAAGGGUGGUUGCAGAGUUUGGAGCCAUUUUGGGUAGCUGAUCUUGCAUUUUCUACGCCUCUUCUUGGUCAGUUUCUAGAAGACAUGGAAGCAUAUGCUGAGGACCUCAGCCAUGUGGCCUCUGGGGAAUCAGUGGAUGAAGACGUCCCUCCUCCAUCAGUGUCAUUACCAAAGCUGGCUGCGCUUCUCCGGGUAUUUAGUACUGUGCUGAGGAGCAUUGGGGAACGCCUCAGCCCAAUUCGGGCCCUCCAAUUACUGAGGCAUACGUAACAGAUGUUCUGUACAGAGUAAUGAGAUGUGUGACGGCUGCAAACCAGGUGUUUUUUUCUGAGGCUGUGUUGACAGCUGCUAAUGAGUGUGUUGGUGUUCUGCUCGGCAGCUUGGAUCCUAGCAUGACUAUACAUUGUGACAUGGUCGUUACAUAUGGAUUAGACCAACUGGAGAAUUGCCAGACUUGUGGUACCGAUUAUAUCAUCUCAGUCUUGAAUUUACUCACGCUGAUUGUUGAACAGAUAAAUACGAAACUGCCAUCAUCAUUUGUAGAAAAACUGUUUAUACCAUCAUCUAAACUACUAUUCUUGCGUUAUCAUAAAGAAAAAGAGGUUGUUGCUGUAGCCCGUGCUGUUUAUCAAGCAAUGCUCAGCUUGAAGAAUAUUCCUGUUUUGGAGACUGCCUAUAAGUUAAUAUUGGGAGAAAUGACUUGUGCCCUAAACAACCUCCUGCACAGUCUGCAACUUCCUGAGGCCUGUUCUGAAAUAAAACAUGAGGCUUUUAAGAAUCAUGUGUUCAAUGUAGACAAUGCAAAAUUUGUAGUUAAAUUUGACCUCAGUGCCCUGACUACAAUUGGAAAUGCCAAAAACUCACUAAUAGGGAUCAUUAAGCAGCUUUGAGUCUGGAAAAUUUGUUGAAUGUACCGAGCAAUUAGAAUUACUCGGAGAAAUUAUCAGUCCUGGAAAUUAUCAGUUACCAGGAGAAAAUAUCAGUCUACUUGCUGGAGGAUCAAAAGAGAAAA